CUCGUUUUCCUUCCUUUGGCAGCCGCAAAUAGCUUGAAGGUAAAACCCCUACUCCUCCAAUCCUGUCGCUUGAUCGUUCAAUCAGCUCUUCAGAUUUCUAACUCCACAGGUUCUGUUGCUUUCUUUCUCCGGCAGGAAAUGGCUCCCGCCGCGAAGAGUGGUUUGGCCGUCGGUCUGAACAAGGGGCACAUCGUCACCAAGCGGGAUUUGCCGCCCCGUCCAUCUGACAGAAAGGGGAAAACAAGCAAGAGGGUUCAUUUGGUGAGGAACCUUAUCAGGGAAGUUGCUGGAUUUGCACCGUACGAGAAGAGGAUCACUGAGCUUUUGAAGGUCGGUAAGGACAAGAGAGCUUUGAAGCUGGCCAAGAGAAAGCUCGGAACCCACAAGAGGGCCAAGAAGAAGAGAGAGGAGAUGUCCACCGCACUCCGCAAAAUGAGGUCUGGGGGAGCAGGUGAGAAGAAGAAGUGAGGGGGAUGGGCAAUGUUGUUUUGUCCUCUCGAGUAUUUUGCUGUUAUAAGUUUUGAAAACGUUGUUCAAUUGAAGAGUAGUUUUAGUUUUAUGGUUCUGAUUGUUGACAGUAGAGCAAUGUAAUGCAAUGCAGUCCAGUCUUUGGAGAACUUGAUUCUUGUUCCGCAGAUUGUAUGGAUGUUUUUUUACUGGAUCCUCUUUCCUGAUGUUUCUGAUUUGUUCUCAUGAUUUGCUGUGCUCUAGUUUCUUCCUUGAUCACAAGGAUCCUGGAGAUGUUAGUCUAUUCCAUAGCAGUUUGAAAUUUUAUUUUGAUAUAGCUUCAUUUGUUUGCCUGGUAAGGUGAUCAACUCGAAGAUUGGAACAGGGGAGAGACAUGGCCUCAAAAUGUGGGUUAUGAUUUUGUAAUUGUGGCAAAUGAAAAUGAGAGUUGUCC